UAUCAAAGCUUCCUACAGGCUAAUGAAGACACGCGAUACGUUUGUCGUGCAGCCAACGAUAUUCGAUUCACGUAUACGCUCUUUUGUGGCUUCUCGAAAACGUUUCAUGUCUACCUUAGUUGAUGUGUUAGUUCAUGGUGCAAAGUGUAUGUAAACAAUGGCUGAUCCGACCAUUCAGACGUUUUGUUGCCAUCACGGUAAUGGCACCGAUAUGGCUAUCGCCAUCAUGGAAGAGUUUGAUACAAACGCUUACAAUGGUGUUUGUAUAAUGUCAUCGACUUUGGGAAUACUUGGAGCUCUUUAUCAGAUUUUGCCACGGGAAGAAUUUUCGAACAAUCAUAGGUGGUAUUCAUUUUCGGCUAAAAGAGGGCGAAAAAUCAUAGUAUGGUUAGCAGUUGCUGAUCUUUUGGCAUCUUUAGGUGUUUUUACACGAUCUAUGAUAUGGUUGAAUUAUAAAAAUAUUAUGCCCUCUUCACAUGAUGAUUCCAGCGUGGUAUUUUGCGCAGUAUCGUCGGCACUCACUCAGUAUUUCUAUACUGCAACGUGGGUAUGGACAUUAUGCUAUGCCAUAGACAUGCGGUUGAUCCUAACACAAAAAGAUAGUCAUACGAAGUUGUACCAUCUGACUGCUUGGCUAAUACCUGCCGUUACUACAAUUGUUGGAUUAGUCCUGUUGUACACACCAGAUGCUAACUGUCAUAUGCCAUCGACUUUGGGAACAACCAUCCUGAGAAUUCUUCCCAACUAUAUCGCAACUUACGUCCCGAUACUAACAGUAAUGAUAGCAAAUCCAUGUCUAUAUAAAUCAUCAACGAACGAUAUGGAGAGAAUAAUCACUAGCUCUUUCGGUCAAUUUACAGCCAAAGAAAGAGAAAUUAUCAGAGCAAUAAAAAUAAAGUUUUCUGUGAUAAAUAUUGUAUUCUAUGUAUGUUGGUUACCUAACUUGGUGAAUGGUAUUUUGUUAUGGGCAUUAUGGUUUCAUCUGCCUAUUAGAAUUGUUAUAUCAAUAUGGUAUAUAAUGGCAUUAGUGAACCCCCUGCAAGCCUUGUUCAAUUGUAUCGUCUAUAGGAGAUGGAGUAGUGGUACUGAGCGGGUCAUCUUGCCCUGGCGCCAGAUCGAAAAAGACGAUGAAGAUGUCAAAAAUAGCAUUAGCUCAAAAUCAUCUGAAGAAAAGGAGGAGAUUUACCCGCUGUUAAAAAAUACUCCUACAAAUAGUGUUAAUUUGUACAAAAGUAUAUCUUAAAACGGUUUUUAUUUAUUAAAGUUAGUUUUUGUUU